AUGUGCAUUGCAUUGCAUUGCACGCACGCACUUACGGGUGGUCACCAAUCCUUGCCUGAACCCAUAGCACUCGCAUCAGAAAUUUCUAAAAUUGGUAAUAACAAUAACAAUAACAGUAACCGCUACAGUGGGAAAGAACCCACAUACUGGGACAAUCUGACCCCGAGGGUUUCUGUUGUGCUCAAGCGCCUGAAUAUCCGUUUUAGUGAUAAGUUACCACAACCGGGAAUCCGGCUGUUGUUUACAGUCUGCCAUUCUGGGCUGCGUGGUGCCUGUCCUGCGCGCAGGACUGUGUGUCGUUCCCAAUCGCCAUUUCCCUUUUUGUCUGUUUUUUUCGGAAACCAAAUUCCCUCGUUCCCGCGUCAUACGCCUUGCGACCAACACAACUCGAAAACAGAACAGAACAAAACGCUGCACAACAGCAAAAAAAGCAAUGCACAGUCCACUGCUCGUGUCUCUUUUGGGACAGAUUCUCCGAAAAAGAACACAGCAACAAACUGCAAAAAACACACAAAUUUCUGA